CCCGCGGUCGCCGCACUUUGGCCCGAGCGCGGCGCUGAGCGGCCGGCCCGGCGGGCGCCAUGGAGCAGUGGCGGCAGUGCGGCCGUUGGCUCAUCGACUGCAAGGUCCUGCCGCCCAACCACCGCGUCGUGUGGCCCUCGGCCGUGGUCUUCGACCUGGCGCAGGCGCUGCGGGACGGCGUGCUCCUCUGCCAGCUGCUGCACAACCUCUCCCCCGGCUCCAUCGACCUCAAGGACAUCAACUUCCGGCCGCAGAUGUCCCAGUUCCUGUGUUUGAAGAACAUACGCACCUUCCUUAAAGUCUGCCACGAUAAAUUUGGAUUACGGAACAGCGAGCUGUUUGACCCCUUCGACCUCUUUGACGUCCGAGACUUUGGGAAGGUCAUCUCUGCGGUGUCCAGGCUGUCCCUGCACAAUGUGGCCCAGAACAAAGGGAUCAGGCCUUUCCCCUCAGAGGAGACGGCGGAGAAUGACGAGGACGUCUACCGCAGCCUGGAGGAGCUGGCUGACGAGCAUGACCUGGGGGAGGACAUCUACGACUGCGUCCCGUGCGAGGAUGAAGGUGACGACAUCUACGAGGACAUCAUCAAGGUGGAGGUGCAGCCGCCCAUGAAAAUGGGCAUGACCGAGGAUGACAAGAGGAACUGCUGCCUGCUGGAGAUCCAGGAGACGGAGGCCAAGUACUGCCGGACCCUGGAGGACAUCGAGAAGAACUACCUGGUCCCCCUGAGGCUGGUGCUGAGCCCGGCGGACGUGGCGGCCAUCUUUAUCAACCUGGAGGACCUCAUCAAGGCCCAUCACAGCUUCCUGCGGGCCAUCGACCUGUCCAUGAUGGCCGGCGGCGGCACGCUGGCCAAGGUCUUCCUCGACUUCAAGGAGAGGCUCCUCAUCUACGGCGAGUACUGCAGCCACAUGGAACAUGCCCAGAACACGCUGAACCAGCUGCUCGCCAGCCGGGAGGACUUCAGGCUGAAAGUGGAGGAAUGCACGCUGAAGGUCCAGGACGGCAAGUUCAAGCUCCAGGACCUGCUGGUGGUGCCCAUGCAGCGGGUGCUCAAGUACCACCUGCUCCUGAAGGAACUUCUGAGCCAUUCCACCGACCGGCCGGAGAGGCAGCAGCUGAAGGAAGCGCUGGAAGCCAUGCAGGACUUGGCGAUGUACAUAAAUGAAGUUAAGCGGGACAAAGAGACCCUCAAGAAGAUCAGCGAAUUCCAGAGCUCCAUAGAGAACUUGCAAGUGAAACUGGAGGAGUUCGGGAGGCCAAAGAUCGACGGGGAGCUGAAGGUCCGGUCCAUAGUCAACCACACCAAGCAGGACAGGUACUUGUUCCUGUUCGACAAGGUGGUCAUCGUCUGCAAGAGGAGGGGCUACAACUACGAGCUGAAGGAGAUCAUCGAGUUGCUAUUCCACAAGAUGACCGAUGACCCCACGAACAACAAGGACGUCAAGAAGUGGUCCUACGGCUUCUACCUGAUCCACCUGCAAGGCAAGCAGGGCUUCCAGUUCUUCUGCAAGACGGAGGACAUGAAGCGCAAGUGGAUGGAGCAGUUUGAGAUGGCCAUGUCAAACAUCAAGCCCGACAAAGCCAACGCCAACCACCACAGCUUCCAGAUGUACACGUUUGACAAGACCACCAACUGCAAAGCCUGCAGAAUGUUCCUCAGGGGCACCUUCUACCAGGGGUACCUGUGCACCAAGUGCGGCGUCGGGGCGCACAAGGAGUGUCUGGAAGUGACGCCUCCCUGCAAGAUCAGUUCGCCUGCAGACCUGGACGCCUCCGGAGCCGGACCAGGGCCCAAGAUGGUGGCCGUGCAGAACUACCACGGCAACCCCGCUCCUCCCGGGAAGCCGGUGCUGACCUUCCAGACGGGCGACGUGAUCGAGCUGCUCAGAGGGGACCCCGACUCUCAGUGGUGGGAGGGUCGGCUGGUGCAAACCAGGAAGUCAGGCUACUUCCCCAGCGCGUCGGUGAAGCCCUGCCCCGUGGACGGAAGGCCCCCCAUCGGCCGGCUGCCGUCCCGGGAGAUCGACUACAGUGCCUACCCCUGGUUUGCAGGCAACAUGGAGAGGCAGCAGACGGACAACCUGCUCAAACCCCACGCCAGCGGGACCUACCUGAUCCGGGAGCGGCCGGCGGAGGCGGAGCGCUUCGCCAUUAGCAUCAAGUUCAACGACGAGGUGAAGCACAUUAAGGUGGUGGAGAAGGACAGCUGGAUCCACAUUACGGAAGCGAAGAAGUUCGAGAGCCUCUUGGAGCUGGUGGAGUACUACCAGUGCCACUCACUCAAAGAGAGCUUCAAGCAGCUGGACACCACGCUCAAGUACCCCUACAAGUCGCGGGAGCGCGCGGCCUCCAGGGCCUCCAGCCGGUCCCCAGUGUGCGCGCCCCGCGUCAUCGGCACGGCCGUGGCCAGGUACAACUUCGCCGCCCGGGACAUGCGGGAGCUCUCGCUGCGGGAAGGCGACGUGGUGAAGAUCUACAGCCGCAUCGGCGGGGACCAGGGCUGGUGGCGGGGCGAGACGAACGGCCGGGUCGGCUGGUUUCCGUCGACGUACGUAGAGGAGGAGGGCGUCCAGUGACAGCGGGGGCGCCGGCGGGACCCAGGAGCCUCCUGGAAGGGCGGCGCCAGCUCUGACGUCCGUCUCCAGCUCGGCCACCUGCUGCAGGGGGAAGCGCCCGCGGAGCCGGCAGCCUGCAGCGGCCCGCAGGGAUGGGGAGGGUGUCUGAAGUCCUAAACGCGAACCGUCCCGCCGGCCGCCUGCCCUCGGGGGCCGUCCCGGGCUCGCCGCUUGUACAUAGAGGAAACCUGGUUGCCCGCCGGAGCGCGGAGGCGAGGGCGCGGGUGGCGGCUGAGGCCGGGCUCGUGUGGCCCCCAUCGGGUCACGAUGGCACGAAGAAGCCUGGGUUUGAACGCAGGUGCGGCCCCAGAGAGGGCCGGGGUCGGCGGAGGAGCCUGUCCCCUCACCCUUUCUGCGCAGCCCCGGACUCUCCGCUCUCGGCCUCCUGCUGCUCCCAGGGGUGACUUCAGGCCUUGGCAGGCAGUGGUGCCCGGGCAGCCCCGGCGUGGGCACAGGAGACAGCGCCGCAAGGGCCUGCCGAGACCCUGGGCAGGCCCCCCUCCGGAGGGAGCCCCAGGAACAAGCACGUUGCCGGCCCUGCUGCCCGGUCCCUGGACCUGUCUCUGCCCUGAGUCCGUGGUGUCCGUCCUGCCUGCUGCCCGAGGCAUCUCUUGUAAACCCCGAUACGGCGGGAAGGACAUGGGGCCCCCCCACUCUGUCCCUGCUGCUCACAUUCCUCUGUGGGAGGAGGCCCCGCCGCUCCCGUGCAGGGCGCCCUCUGGGUGUCCUGUGUCCUGCAGGGUGGUCCCUGGGCCCCCCGCCCCCGACCUUUGCACAGGGUGUCAGCUUUUGCCCUCGGUAGGUCUUCCCGUCCAAGAGCUCCUGCGGCUCGUGAACUGGCUGGUGGCCAGCCCGGAAUAAGUGCUCUUCGGGGUGGCUCCACCCCUGCAAUGCCCGCUCCCGGCCUCGACCGCCCCUGGCUGGCUGGGCCGGACCCUGCUUCUGCUGCCCGGAUGUUGCAUGACACCCAGCAACAGCCUCCCUCUGAGCUCUGUUCAGCUUCCUGGUGGGACCCGGGCUCCGCCUUGGUGCUCGGCACAGCCCCGCGCCGGGAGCAGGGGCCAGGCUGGACCUUGGUGGCCGCGCUGCACCCUGGGGCCCCUCUGAGGCCGGCCGGGUAGCCCCCUGGCACCCUGGCCCGGGGAUGAGGCAGGAAGGGGUCCAGGCGGUG